UUGAAAACCUCCGAGAGAUCGGAGCCGAGAGGAGGAAGAAGGAACUGUCCUCCGGCUCCCGGUGCUGAGCCCCGUCAUCACACCCGCCAGCUGGGGCCGAAGGGGCUCUGGGCUGACUGGUCAGUGCUCAGCGGACUCUCCCCACCCACGACCCCCGGCCGGACCCCCGCACCCCACUUCUGCUCACUCGUCCGGGACCCCGCAGCUUCGCAGAGAGCCAUGGCGUUCAUGGUGAAGACCAUGGUGGGGGGCCAGUUGAAGAAUCUCACCGGGGGCCUGGGGGGCGGCGAGGAGAAAGGGGAAGGAGACAAGUCGCCGGCCGAGGCUGCCGGCAUGUCCAGGGAGGAGUACGAAGAGUACCAGAAGCAGCUGGUGGAGGAGAAGAUGGAGCGGGAUGCCCACUUCACCCAGAGGAAAGCAGAGCGGGCUACACUGCGGAGUCACUUCCGAGACAAGUACCGGCUACCCAAGAAUGAGAUGGACGAUAACCAGAUUCAGCUGGCUGGGGGUGAUGUGGAGCUGCCGAAGGAGCUGGCCAAGAUGAUUGAGGAGGACAACGAGGAAGAGGAGAAAAACUCGGUCAUUGGCCAGCUGGCCAACAUCCCCACCCUGGACCUUGAUUCCAUCAAGGACAGGGCCCAGGCCACGCUGGAGGACUUGAAACAGUCGGCUGAGAAGUGUGUGGUCAUGUGAUCCUCCCAGGCGGUGAUCCCAGUCCUGCCAUGUGACCAGUUGGGGUUGGUGGGUCAGGGAUAUGAUCAGAGAUGCUCGGGGGUCACAUCCAGGGGAGAGAUUAAAACCUCUCUUCCCCUUGGACAGUGGGAAUAGUUAGCCCUUGAAACCCACAUCUGGUUCCUCCUUUCCUCUCUCCAUCCUUUGAAUUGGGUCACAUUACCCUCCCUCAUCUCCACCCCCGACACCUGCCCCCUGGACCCCUUGUGUUUAUUCUCCAGUCACACUUAUCUCCUUUCUUGGUGACAGGACAGGAGUCACUCUGACCCGGACAGAGGUCCCCAACUCUGUCCACCCCUGAAGAGCUGGCCCUAAUGUUACAGGCCUGAAGGGGCUUUGAUGUGAAGCCCCCCAGUACUGCAGGCAGGCUCUGCUCCCCAAGGACAGAUAGCUGAGAAGGGAAAGCACUGUUUUGUCCACCUCUUGUGCUUGUUGUCAUCCUGCCCCCAGGGAGAUCAGAUAAUGAAACUGCCAUAGACAUUACCAGAGGGGGGACACACAUGCAGGCUGUCAUGCCCACACAAAAACUCCCACUGACAAACAGCCUUUGCCUCCCAAUCAAACCUUAAUUUUAUAUUGGGAAUGGUCAGCUGGGGUCAUGUUCACUAAGUGAGGACUGAAUCACCAAGUGGACCAGUUCAGAGCAUAACAUUCUGGCCCUAAAUUACGGUGCAGAUCAUCAUCAUCAUCAUCAUCAUAAUGGCAUUUGUUAAGUGUUUACUAUAUGCCAGACACUGUACUAAGG